UGUUGCACAACAGGACUGCAGUCAGCACCGAGCUUCACCUCCGCUCUGCUCGACAUCUCCUCACAAUGGCAGCUCCGAAGAAAGUCUGCAUCGUCGGCUCUGGAAACUGGGGCUCUGCCAUUGCCAAGAUUGUGGGUGCCAAUGUUGCUCAGAACCCAAAGUUUGACAACACUGUCAAAAUGUGGGUGUUUGAGGAGAUGGUGAAUGGGAAGAAGCUAACGGAAAUAAUCAACACCACCCAUGAAAAUGUGAAAUAUCUUCCUGGACAUAAGCUACCAGCCAAUGUGCUGGCAGUGCCGGACCUGGUAGAAGCAUCCAGCGAUGCAGACAUUUUGGUCUUUGUGAUCCCGCACCAGUUUAUCGGCAAAGUGUGCGACACUGUGAAGGGCAAAGUCAAGAGCGAUGCACUGGGAAUAUCACUCAUCAAGGGCGUAGACGAGGGGCCCGACGGGCUCAAACUCAUCUCGGAUGUGAUUCAGGAGAAGCUCGGCAUCACGAUGAGUGUGCUGAUGGGAGCCAACAUCGCCAACGAGGUUGCUGAUGAGAAGUUUUGUGAGACCACCAUUGGCUGUAAGAAUAAAAACCACGGGACUCUCCUGAAGGAGCUCAUGCAGACCAGCAACUUCAGAGUUACUGUAGUGGAGGAAUAUGACGUGGUGGAAAUCUGUGGAGCCCUGAAGAACAUCGUCGCGGUCGGCGCAGGUUUCUGUGACGGUCUGGGCUUCGGGGACAACACAAAGGCAGCGGUGAUCAGACUGGGCCUGAUGGAGAUGAUUGCCUUCGCACGCAUUUUCUGCACUGGCGGCCCCGUGUCCUCUGCAACCUUCCUGGAGAGCUGCGGCGUGGCCGACCUCAUCACAACCUGCUACGGCGGCCGCAACCGCAGGGUGGCUGAAGCUUUUGUGAAGACGGGGAAGUCUAUUGAGGAUCUGGAGAGAGAGAUGCUGAACGGACAGAAGCUGCAGGGACCAGCGACGGCAGCUGAGGUUUAUCUCAUCCUUAAACACAAAAACCUGGUUGACAAGUUCCCUCUGUUCAACGCCGUCUACCAGAUCUGCUUCCAGGGCCAUCCGGUCUCGGAGUUCAUCAGCUGCUUGCAGAACCACCCAGAGCACAUGUAAGCAGGUAAAACUGACAGGAGCGCCUUCCUGACGGGAACAUGACCACUUCACCAGUCAGCUUCUUGGAGGACGGCCCUUCAACAGCUAGGAUGCAACUUAUCAACUCCAGCCACAGAAUCGGUGACAAGACUACAAAAACUAGCUCAGACAUCUCAUUUUCAGAUUUUUCUUCUUCUCCUCCAAUCGCCACUGAAACUUGAAUACUCUGUAUAUAACUAAGAAAUAUUCUGAAUAUAACUUGUUCUCAUCAUUGUGAUCAGUUAAGCUUUUUUCAGAGCAUGAUGUAAUCAGAAUGCACGUGUCUGUGUAGUUGCAACAAUAAUUUAUUAGUUCUCACUUUAUAACAGAGUCUGAAACAGUUCAGUGUUUAAAGACUCAGUUCUUACCAGCCUUUACUACAGAUUUUCUUCAAGCAUUAAUGUUUGCGUCCAGUGAAUAAUAAUAUACCUCAAUUUGUCUUUUUAGAUGUUGUAAAUAAUUCAUUAAUUAUAAUUCAUUAACAUUUCCUUAUGUAAUGUACAUGAAGGUAUUGUUUUUAACUUACAAAGUUAAUGUGCCUUAUAAUGCAUCGUUGGCCUUUUUUUUUUUUUUUUUUUUAAUUUAUUUUAAACAAACCAACUACUGAAUUGUUCUGGUUGAGUUUGUCUUAAGUUUUCCACUCGGUAUGCCAUAUGAGGGCGAGCGGCAGAUUUUCAAACAAAACUUAUCUCAAUGUUUUUGAACUGAAGAUAAAAUUUAAGUAUUCAGUUAAGACAAGUAAACUUCUGUUUAGUUGCAAAGAUUUAAAAUGUCACUUCAGUGAAAAGCUGAGGAUCUCACUGUUUUUAGAACCACGAUGGCCAAACUCAUGGCCAUCACCGUUCACUACGCCUUUUAUUACUGUGAUCCUGCCUAAAGUUUAUACCUGGU